AUGCCUCGUUUCUCGCUCGCAUCGCUAUCCCUCCUGCUCUUAUCCGUGCGCACGGCGCUCGCGGAGCCCACGAACUGCACCGGGCCGUACGGGAACUCGACCGUGGGCCUCAACGACGCGGCCAAGGCGGCGGGCAAGGUGUACUUUGGCACGGCGACGGACACGAAUGAGUUCGGCGACUAUGGCUAUGUGACGAUUCUCAAUGACACGAGCAUCUUUGGGCAGUUUACGCCGGGCAAUAGUCUUAAGUGGAUGUACGCUGAGCCCGAGCAGGGCGUAUUCAACUUCACUGGGGGCGAUGAGGUGUAUGCGAUGGCAUACGAGACCGGCAAGAUCAUGCGAGGCCACAACCUCGUCUGGUACUCCGAGCUGCCCACCUGGGUGACGGACGCGACCUGGGACGCGACUAAUCUCACCACGACGAUCCAGAGCCAUGUUACUGGCGAGGUGUCGCACUAUACCGGAAAGCUCUACGCCUGGGACGUUGUCAACGAACCGCUCAACGACAACGGCACAUUCCGCUCGGACGUAUUCUACGACACCCUCGGCUCUUCGUACAUCUCCAUCGCCCUGAACGCGGCGCGCGCUGCCGACCCAAAUGUGAAGCUGUACAUCAACGAAUACAACCUCGAGUACUCGGGCCCCAAGAUCGACGCGAUGGUGCAGCUCGUCAAGGACCUCCAGGCGGAGGGCACGCCGAUCGACGGGAUCGGGUUCGAGUCGCACUUUAUACUCGGCGAGAUCAACGCGCAGGAGUUCCAGUGGAACAUGCAGAACAUCACCGCGCUCGGGCUCGAGGUCGCGAUCACGGAGCUGGACGACAGGAUCGAGCUGCCGGCGACGGCGGCGGACCUGUAUCAGCAGCAGCAGGAGUAUCAGGAGAUUGUGGGUGUGUGUAUGGCUGUGGAGGGGUGUGUUGGCGUGACGGUGUGGGACUACACUGAUUACUACUCGUGGAUCCCGUCGACGUUCGCUGGUUACGGUGCUGCGUCCCCGUACAAUGAGUGUCUCGAGAAGAAGCCGGCGUAUGACGGUAUUGCGGCCGCGUUCACGUCUACCUGA